UGGGCACUAGGAGAAGGGCACCGAGCAGGAGCCGACCUAAGCUUUGUGCCGGCCCGACUCCUUACCCCUCUGCCCCCACGCCCCCCGGGGGGCCCAGGCCGGAGGGAGGCCGAGAGCGGGAGAGACUCUCGGGGAGGGGGGGGGGGUUAAGAAGCCAUGCGAGAGUACAAAGUGGUGGUGCUGGGCUCGGGCGGAGUGGGCAAGUCGGCCCUCACCGUGCAGUUCGUGACGGGCUCUUUCAUCGAGAAGUACGACCCCACCAUCGAGGACUUCUACCGCAAGGAGAUCGAGGUGGACUCGUCGCCGUCGGUGCUGGAGAUCUUGGACACGGCGGGCACCGAGCAGUUCGCGUCCAUGCGGGACCUGUACAUCAAGAACGGCCAGGGUUUCAUUCUCGUCUACAGCCUGGUCAACCAACAGAGUUUCCAGGACAUUAAGCCCAUGCGCGACCAGAUCAUCCGCGUCAAGAGGUACGAGCGGGUGCCAAUGAUCCUGGUGGGCAACAAGGUGGACCUGGAGGGCGAGCGCGAGGUCUCGUUUGGGGAGGGCAAGGCCCUGGCGGAGGAGUGGAGCUGCCCCUUCCUCGAGACGUCGGCCAAAAACAAAGCCUCGGUGGACGAGCUGUUCGCAGAGAUCGUCCGCCAGAUGAACUAUGCGGCUCAGCCCAACGGUGACGACCAGUGCUGCUCCUCCUGCGUGAUUCUCUGAAAACCAGGGGUGGGGGGAGCUUCUUCCGUCGGGCUUGUGCUUUGGCUUGAAUUUUUACUGGUUUCUUUUUUUAAGAAAAAGCGAAAGCAAAACACAAUAUUUCUUUCUCAAUGUGAUUUUUUUUAAUUAUUAUUUUAAGAUUGGAAACAACUUUGCAAUCGUACAAGGUGUGUUCCAGGUGGGGCUAUUUCCACAGCAGCUGACAAGCCCCAGUGCUCAGUGUCAUGGGGGUGGGGGGGAGUUGUCUUGUGUUUAACAUCUGAAACCUGGGUAGAAAUGUGGCGCUUUCCAAGCAUGUGCAUUCCUCUCGUGGAUUUCUUUGAUAGUUGCCUGUUUUCCCACUUAAAGCAGCCGUUAGAGAGCUGUAUUGGCAACUUGACACCAGGCAAAAAAAAAAAAGUUUCAAUCUGGAGGGAAGGGAUGGGAGCAGGAGGAGGAUGGGAGAGAAAAAGGCAUGUCAACAACCACUUUCCAAAUGGAAGAUUUAAGUACCUGAACCGGAGAAGGAAGUGCAGGAAAAGCCUGUGAAGAAAUGAGAGGAAAGGAAGAGACCCCGUUUCCAGGCAUGUGUGUGUGUGUGUGCGUGCUGGAAGUGAGGGUUAACUGCCUUCUCUGGCAGCCUGGAAGUGCAACCCUGGGACUGAUUAGGAUUCUGAGGAUUUCUAUGCAAAGUUGGAUUCUUGUUACAGUGUAUCCAAUCUGAAGUAUUGCACAACUGAACUUGGACUGUUUACACUGGUGCCAAUGCAGUGUGGAGUGCCAGAAAGUGUCUGCUGAUAUUUGUGGAAAAAAAAAAUCUAUUUUGUUUACCUACUGUAUCAAAUGGGAGUCUGGGGGAGAGCGGUAGUGUGUUUUUUUUAUCAGCUGUGAAAAAUUACAAAUCUGCACAUUUUUUUUGGUAGGGUGCUUUGUUAAUUUUGUUUUGUUUGGGUUUAGGGUUUCCUUUUGGUUGGCAAUAACUGAUUUUGAUGACCAGAUCUUUAAAGUACAGUACAAAGACUUCCUCAAAUGUGAUUCAGGGGCAACAGCGACCCUGUGUCUAGAGUGCCUUCAAAACUCAGCUGUUCCAGCCGUGCCAACCUGUGAAAGUUCCACAAAAUCCCAUCAUCUGCUAUGACUCCCCAAAGUACUUAACAGUUUCCUCUCGGUAAUCUUACACAACAAGCCAGGACAGAAUGGCCUGUUGUUCAUGGAAUUUAUUUUGAUUUCUGUUGGAGCCUUUUACAUAUAAUUUCCACAUCUUGCAAGUACUCCUGGCUUCACUUAAUUUAAAUUUAAAUUUUCAGGUAUUUAGUGCCCUUUUCCCUCCCUCCCUGUUUUUUUUUUUUUGGUUGUAGAAUAUUCUUCCAGCCAAGAGCAAAAUUUUAAUGUUGUGAUGUACCAAGCAGAUUCUAACUAAUUGUAAUUUUAAUUCCAGACAUGCGUCUAAUGGUUGUCUGUUCAUUUAAAGACUUUUAAUACAAAUACCAUUUUUAAAAAAUAUGCAAACCCAAAA